CGAGGAGCCAAUCAACAUCGAGUGUCAUUUCUGGUCGAAUGGCGGCAUCACGGUGAGUCCUUGGAAACCGUCGGCUAUGAGCAUGAAUGACACUAACAUGCAGGACGAAAGCUGCUACGAAAGUGGUGUUCUCUGGUAUCCAGCCCACGGGUGUCCCGCACUUGGGCAACUACUGCGGGGCAGUAUCCAAGUGGGUCACAUUGCAACAGCAGCAGACCACGGAUGUGUCGUUGUACAGCAUUGUCGACUUGCAUGCCAUCACACUUCCAUACGACCCGUCGACGCUGCAAGCCAACAUCCAUGGCCUCUUGGCAUCGCUCCUUGGGUGUGGACUCGACCCGAAGAAGAGCAUCUUAUUCAAACAGUCCGACAUCGUUCAGCACUCGGAGCUCGCGUGGCUGCUCAGCUGCGUCACGCCGCUGUCGUGGAUGCAGCGCAUGACUCAGUUCAAGCAAAAGAGUCAGCAAAAGGACUCCAACGCCGUGUCUCUAGGGUUGCUAUCGUACCCGGCACUCAUGGCGGCCGACGUGCUGCUGUACAAAGCCACGCAUGUCCCAGUUGGAGAAGACCAGCAGCAGCACUUGGAGCUAGCUCGGAUGAUCGCCACGACCUUCAACGAUCGGUUCCAAACCAACUUGUUUCCGAAACCCAUUCCCCAACGAGACGACCCGAACGACGCGCUGGUGCGCAUUAUGAGUUUGCGAGACCCUACUCAAAAGAUGAGCAAGUCGGACAUUUCGACCCAGAGCCGCAUUGACCUCACAGAUUCGCCUGAUGUCAUUGUGAAGAAGAUUCGAAAGGCGCAGACAGAUGCCAUUCCUGGCAUCUCGUACGACAAGGCGGGACGCCCUGGCGUGUCCAACUUGAUGAGUAUCCUCAGUGCUGUCACAGGCCACAGUGUCGACGAUAUCCAAGGGCAAUAUGGGAGCCACCAAACCGGCCAGUUCAAGCAAGUGGUCGCUGACGCAGUUGUGGCAAAGAUCGCACCCAUUGGCCAGCGGAUCCAGACGUACCAAGCCGACCCAGCCUUCUUGAACGACGUCUUGCGCAACGGCCGCGACGCCGCGGCGGCCAUCGCUGCCGACACGAUGGUCGAAGUCAAGGCAGCGAUGGGGCUGUAAAGUCCAUCAAGCACGGCCACAACUGGAGUUAAUCGAUAGAGAGAAUAAGGGAUACAUGUGUUUGGUCGUUACUUGGCAGUUUAUAUGGAUCGAGGUGGGUUGGGAGGAGGAUAGCUUACGAAGACCACGAUAAGCGGGGCCACCGCGACUGCUGCCGUUGGGCUAUUGACAGAUCGCGCUCGUCUUCGAACCGCACGAUGGCGGCGGUGGCCGAGUCCAGCUGCGUCUUGAGGAGCGUAAGUUGGUCGUCCAUGGCUCGCAUUUGAUGCUCGAGUCGUCGGAACCGCAUGUCGACGUCGAGCUGCUUCUGGUACUCGCGCUCGUUGGCCUUGCGUUCCUUCUCCUUGCUGCUCUUGCUGCUGCGGUCGUACUCGUACGCAGCCACGGCCACGGCCACGGAGAAGAUGAGCACUUCACCGAGGAACUCGGCGCCCUUCUCCACAGCUUGAUCAAUAGGCAGCUCUUUGAUUUGAACAGACCGGGUGUUGAUUUGACCUUGCACGCUCAUUUGAAUCUUGAGCAUCGCUCGAUUCUGGUGCUGGCCCACCGAAUUACACACGGUGCUGAGCCAUGGAUGUGUCUUAGCGUGCGACUUGAGGGCCUUCGCCACCGGCUUGGUCAACGUCCGAAGCAGCAACCCGCCGACCUUGAACAGCGGAAUGGCCACCAUUUUAACGGUGAUGUGGCGGCGAU